AGUAUGUAUGCGCCUCAACAAUUAUACCGCUGUUGAUUAUGUCUGCCUUAGUAUCUAUGAAAGUGAAGUCGCUGGGUUUGGGUUCUUUUUUCCAGUCCUCGACCGAAUUGCAGACCUGUUUGACAUUCUCGCGCCUCGAAAGCUCCAAGUUCCAACAUUCGAUGGUAGCGUCGAACUCGGAUGUUUGGACAACAAGGUUCUUCUACUUGCUGCAUUAGUUAUGACAACCGUAUUUGACGGCGUCCAUUGUAUGGCUUGGUCUUUUGCCUUCAGGAACAGGUGCUAUGGCGCACGAGUGCUCUCGUUGUAACUUGCACACCCUUCAUUACAUUCCCCACUGCAUUUAGAUCUCUUGGACGUCAUGUACUUUAGGCUGUACCCAUCGCCGUUUAGCGACCUGAGCUGUACCAUAUUGUACAUCACAGCUCGUGCCAUCCUCUUGGUACUUAUGUUCACUUUCCACAAUCUUCGUCCUGGCGUAUACAAAGUGGUGUCGUAGACUAGUUUGGUGCCGC